AUGGAUGUCGCCUCGCAUCGUGUGCGCUCCAUAACCUACCCUCCAUUGAGGACAGAGAGUCCGCUUUCAUAUACCGUGCGAUCUUUCCGACAUCUAGCGCUCCGUCUCCGAGAUAAAGUCUACAUUCGCACGUGUACAGACAAGAAGUGUGUAUUCUCAGAUUCCCGGCAGAGGAUAAUCGCCGCUAAAAUUGGAGCACUUGAGAGGUUAUUCGCGUGCCCACAUCGCGGCACUCGUAAUUGCGAAAUUCACGCUUCGCGGUGCGGUACAAAAAUAAGAUUAUGGAUUCCGCUGAGUUCCAGCGUUAUUGUGAUUCGAGGAUCCGUCCAUAGGUAUGUCUGCGGGCUUUACGACUUCUAUUCCUGGAGGAAUAAACCUCAGCUUAUUGAAUAUUGUUCUGGUUAUUUGCGGAAGACGUCGCGAUUGUCCGACGAAGCGAAAACGCGCUUCAUGUUUAUUGUUUCCUGA